AGAUCUCCAUCACGAUCAAGAUCCAACGGUCCAGAUCCAUUCCCUCUCCUUCUGACUCUUCUCUCAAAAGAGCACAAAAACAACAUUCCGAAUCUUCGAAAAGCCGAUCGAGAGGAAAAAUCAUUCAACGGCCGGCCUGGUGUACUCUCUCUAAAUCCGUUCUGACGAUUCAUAUCUCCGGAGCAGAUCUGUGAUUCGUUUCUAGGCUUUAAGUUGAUAUCUAUUGAUUCACGCGAUGGCUGCUCCUCCUGCUAGAGCUCGCGCUGAUUACGAUUACCUCAUAAAACUUCUCUUGAUCGGAGACAGCGGUGUGGGUAAGAGUUGCCUCCUCUUGCGUUUCUCAGAUGGCUCCUUUACAACCAGUUUCAUUACGACCAUUGGGAUUGAUUUCAAGAUACGGACUAUUGAACUGGAUGGGAAGAGAAUUAAGCUGCAAAUCUGGGAUACUGCUGGACAGGAGCGGUUCCGGACUAUCACAACUGCAUACUACCGUGGAGCCAUGGGCAUUUUGCUUGUCUAUGAUGUCACUGAUGAAUCAUCUUUCAACAACAUCAGGAACUGGAUCCGUAAUAUUGAGCAGCACGCUUUCUGAUAAUGUCAACAAGAUUCUCGUGGGAAUAAGGCAGAUAUGGAUGAAAGCAAAAGGGCUGUGCCAACAGCUAAGGGCCAAGCUCUUGCAGAUGAAUACGGAAUCAAGUUCUUCGAGACUAGUGCCAAGACUAACUUAAACGUUGAGGAAGUUUUCUUUUCAAUUGGUAAAGACAUUAAGCAAAGACUCACAGAUACGGAUGCAAGGGCUGAGCCACACACAAUCAGAAUCAACCAAUCCGACCAGGGUGCAGGGAAAAUUGAUGAAGAUGAUUCCCCAAAAAAGCUAAUUGACCCAAUAUAAGCCCUGAAUAAAAAAAUGG